AUUCUACGAAUUUAACUUUUUGGAUUCUAUAUUUGAGAUGUUAAGCUAUAUGCAAAUUGCUGCUACACGCUGUGGAGAGUAUGUAUAGCAGAAGUACAAUGGGCAGAUUUCUGGGAAUUUCCAUACGAUGAUGUCAACAUGGCCGUAUGUGGGGGUAGGACAAAAACAUUAUCAAUAAAUCCAUCGAAAAUAGCUCUGAUUUGCAAUGAAAUUGAUGCAAAACAUUGUGAAAGAUGGUCCAUUAUAUCAWUGGUUAGAAAGGCUUGAAAAUGUAUUAUAAUGUGACUUUUAGCAUGGACAUCUUCUAGCUUGCUUUUCUUUCGAAUCGCSGUACCACCCUAUGGGAAUUUUGUACAAAGCUUGAAAAUUUAAUUCUCGAAAUCACAAUGACGGAGGAAAUAUUUUUUUUCGAGUUAAAAACAUUUCAGCGAUAAUCUGUGCUUAACAGUGAUCCAAAAUGAACUGGCGUGACAUGCUAAAAGCUGAAGUCAAAAGAGUUUGYAAGUCACUAGCAUGGAAGCCGAUGGAAGAAGRGCUAGGAAAAAUCAAGRCUGUCAAUUUUCCUGUCUCCUACCGCCRUCGAGAGAAAGCUGAGCUUACCGACGAUUCUCCAGAACUCAAACUUAGGCUUCAUUCSCUKAAAAGAUUCAAUGAUAUGCGUGAAGAAUUUGGGGAACUUGAAGUGAAAAAUGAAUUCAGAAAAGAAUAUGUCAAAAAAUUUGAGGAGUUCUUAUUUAGGGAGGCCAACAAAAUUCAGUCAAGAGAAAGUCAAGAAAAUCUCGAAGAUUGUUUACAUGGUGAAGAGGAUGUUUUUCUGCGAAAAACAAUCACAGAAGCCGUGGUAUUGCGAAAGUUUGAUGGAUUUGUUUGGGUAUUUACUGUAAAAGGUGAGGAAUUUCCAGUGAAARURAAAGAMSRUUGGCCAGGUUUGGGSUUCAGCGUUAGAGUUGGUGAUGUUCUGAGGGUAUUCAAGCCCCAAAAAGUUCGAGAUGGUAGCAGGAUUGAUUUAGUUCCAGAGCUGGUUUGCUGCUACAACAUUGACCUGGAGGGUACCAAACAGUUUCUAGAGAAGUUGGUUCGUUCAAAAAGUAUACUUGAAGAUUUUCUGAGAUGUCAAGCCAUUUGGGACUAUAUUUUGAAUCAUUCAGUACCGGUAGCUGAYGAAAAAAUGCAAGCUGACUUUUGCAAGACCAUCUUGUGUAUUUGCAAGGAAGUUGCAUCAUUGCAAACUCCAGUUCAGAUGUCAGAAAUGGCCAAGCAGUUUUGGUACUCCUUCAAAGGAACAAAGUUCUUGAAAGAAGUUUUGCCAGGAAUUAUAAAAUUUAAACAAGAACUGUUCCAAUCUGAUUUUGAUGGUGUCCAAGUUUUUAUUGAGAAUAUUGUGAAAGUCAUCCCAGAGUGUGCCAUUUCAGUGAACGAAAUUUUAAAAAAUCUUUACCUCAAAAGGCCUCCCGACCAAAAUGRUAUGAUCUUUAUGCAGAAGCUCAUUAGUUCUUUGGCUGAGAACGUUCCUGGUGCCAAAGACAACAUUCAGGAUCUUCAGUGGAACCACAAACCCCUCGUCCCAGCCACAACUGAGCUGCUUGAUUUUGCUCCUGAUUGGAGGAGUCUUCCUUGUAUCAAAGUGAAAAAGAAAGGCGAAGACAAGGAUUUCACAUAUAGCUCAGAUGAAGAAUAUCUCAACACCAUCUUCACUCUCCUGAGAGAGGAAUGCUUCUUCAAUCUAAAAGAUGGAAUUGGAAAGUAUCUUAAAGAUGGUGAAUUUGACUCAAGAAAUGUCAUGUUGUACAGAAUCAGUCUUGUAAAGGCUGCUUCAGAUUUUUGCCAUGAUGAAGGACUUGCCUUUUUGUUCGAUUUCAAGCAUAGCAAAGUUGAUGAUCAAGCCCUAAGUGUAGAUCCAGAUAAUUCKCGCUGGCUUUUGAGUGGGAAUCUGUUGUGUAUUUCGCUUGAUGCAUYUUUCCGUCAUCCAAUAUGGGCCACUGUUGCUAAUAUAAAAGAUAGAGAGAAGCUUACAAAGGAUAAGCAUGUCUACAUAACAUUCUGCACAGAAAUGAAUAGUCUAAGUGAUGCCGAGGUGAUUACAAAACUGCAGAAGCUCAAUGAUAAAGGUGAUGAAGCGUACAUGUUUGAGAGUAACACCUUCUAUGUGGCAUAUGGACCUCCUAUGGAUGUAUUACAACACAAAGAGAGUAUACCUUUUAAGGAGCAGCUUGUGGAGGUCAAGACAUGCACUAAUCAACCCCCUGACUAUCUGAAGAACAUUAAGACCAGACCAGACUGGGGGAUAUUCUUUAAAAACCCACACGAAAGAUUGAUCACCAUGGAUUAUAGUUAUGGCGAGCUUCUUAAAGAAUUUAGAGAUCAGAGGAAUGAUCCAAAAUGYGAACCAAAGAUGGAUGAAAAACAGCUUGAUGCAGUAAAUCAGGCACUUCGUAACAAACUUGGUUUGAUACAGGGACCACCAGGUACUGGUAAAUCUUACGUUGGUGAGAGAUUUUUGCAGUUUAUUCUCUCUUGUCUACCUAAAGGCUGUGGUCCUAUAUUGUGCCAUGCAGUCCUUACAUUCAUAUCUAUACAUUCUAAUUACCAUUGUCUUACAAAUAUUCCCAAUUUUAAAUCAAUGCUGGUUCGUGUUGGAAGAGGUGGAAGUGAAGACCAAAAUGAAGACCUGCAKUCGUGCAAACUUUUUCAGCUUCUGAAAGAAAACAGAGACAGAAGWAGAAAAGGCAUUCACAUUGACCUAGAGAGGAACCUUAGCAAUCAACUUGAUUCUAUGAAACAGCAAAUUCUGUAUUAUGUUAAACAGCUGAGAUGUGCUAACAAAUACAGCAACAUUGCACAUGYCUUCAUUCAGGAGGCUGAGUUAAAGCAUUUGAAAUCUUUGAUUGGGGAUGAAUUGGAUUCAAUGACAAGGGAUGGCAAUGAUCUUUGGAGGGUAAAGCAUUACAAAGAGCUUUUGGAGAUGUUAAAAGGUCCACUCAAUGCAUGGCUACCUACCAAAGACAUAUUUCUCCAACUUUGCACUGUAUAUUCUGACCUAGGCAGUUCUGAGACUAAGGUUAAAGACAGUUCUAGUGAUGAUGAAGGAGAAGCUAAUGGCGAGACAGAUCCUAAUAGUGACAACAAGGAACGUCUUGGUACUUUUGAUGAGGAAGAGCAACAGUGCACUGAUGAACAGGGAAAUCAGCUUGACACCUGUCAAUCAAAUGAUGAUGAGGAUUGGGUAUUACCUGAUAUACCCUAUGAAAAACUUGGGAAUCUCAAGUCCAUCUUGAAUGCUGGAGAUCUUUGUAGUCUUAAUGAGCAAGAAAAAAUCCAAUUUGUUUUUGCAUUACUAAGACAACACAAUAAUACAAUCACUGAGAAGUUUACCUCACUCACAAAUGAGCUCACAAAGAAAUGCAAGACAAAGAAAGAGCUCAGUGAUCGCCUUAAGAUUGAUAUUCUAAAGAAACGAAGGGUCAUUGGCAUGACUGUUAGUGGUGCAGCCAUUAAAGCCAGUUGGUUAGAAACUAUCAARCCUUCAGUGAUGAUUGUCGAAGAGGCUGCUGAAAUACUUGAACCUCAACUUGUCGCUAUAAUCCCCACUUCUGUCGAACAUUUGAUCAUGAUUGGGGACCAGGAACAGCUCAAACCUCAAGUCAGCCAUCACAAGCUCGGCCGUAACUGCAACCUCCAAACAUCCAUGUUUGAAAGGCUGAUAAAAGGGGGAUUGGAUUACACACAGUUGAACAAACAGGGAAGAAUGACUGAUGACUUGGCCGAGGUUGUUAGGAGAUUGGGUAUAUAUGAACGUUAUGAAACAAGGCAAGAGGUUGUUGAAAGUAAUUGGAAGCUUCCGCCAUCUUUGACGACUGGAUCUAUGUUCUUUUACGCACACACCAAACCGGAAAGGGAUGGAGAUGGCACACACAGCAAGUGUAACGAGUAUGAAGCCAAAAAAGUUGCCCAGUUUGCCAAGCAUUUGUGUGAUUCAUGCAACAUUAAGCCAUCGAAGAUUACAAUUCUCUGCUCUUAUCUUGCCCAGGUGAAGUACAUCAAAUCUAUACUGGGCAAGGAAGGCUUUAGCUCUGUCCAGGAAAUUCAUGUGACAACCAUUGACUCUUUCCAGGGAAAGGAAAAAGAAAUCAUCAUWUUGUCUCUGGUUCGCAGCGGUGAAGGAAAAGAUGCCAAAAUCGGUUAUUUAGCAUCAAUGAAUCGUAUAUGUGUAGCUGUUUCUAGAGCUCGUUGUGGACUCUAUUUGUUUGGAAAUAAAAACCUCUUGAAGAGGAGAUCAAACAGAGGAUGGAAGAAAGUGAUAGACUGGAUGGAAAAGAAAMAUUGUGUCGGAGAUUUGGAAAAGAGUUUUCCUUUUUCCAAUCAGCAACGUGAGGACACACAGACAGACGGACCAGUAGGCAACCACCCGUCGCUAUCAAGCUCAGAUCAGAAUGGUAGUAAUGUAACUUGCGGCACAUCAAAUGUUUACUUCCAUUGCCCCGUUAACGUAGUCCAAAUUGGUAACCAGAAUACAACGACAACUAUUAGUGAAGGUGAUCCAUGCCAUCCAGAUAAGCCACGAGAACAGCGAAGUCCUCCUUCCAAUGCAUCAGCGACAGGCAUACAACCAGAAGCUUCUCCCGUAGAGGAAACCAACAAGGUUGAUACUCCAGGCUGCAAUGAGCGAACAUCUAUGGAAGAGACAUCAAAAGUCCUUGGUGAUGAGAUGACAUCUACGGAGGAGACAAGAAAAUCGGAUGUUCCCCCAGCACCAGAGAGAGACCUCCCUCAUGAUUUGGAGCCACGAGAAMGCUCUUUUUACGAUCCAGAACAACAGUCUUCUGAGAGUCCAUCAGAAAGGCACAUUGAAGGGACAGAGAAUUUUUUAGAAAGAGUAGAUGAUGGUGUUAAUAAUCGACUUCCACAACAGGGUACCAACUGUCCAGUUAAUAAUCCUGUCCAGGAAGACACCAGCACAGCUGAUACUACCCAUGAAGGUGGUAAUGUYGAUCACCAUAGUACAUCUGUCCAGGAAGGGGAUGCUGGCACUCCUGUCCAGGAAGAGAAAAAUAACACUGCAUUCCAGGAAUCAAAAACUGACUGUUUGGAAAGCUACCCUGUGCAGGAUACCAACCCAAAAYCCAGUGAUAAAUGAUUGUGAAUUSYAAUG